CAACAAAAGAGAAACAGCUGAGAAGAAAACAAGAAAAGAAAAACUGGAAGAAAUGAAAGAGUGAAAGACGAAAAGAGGAGAAGAAGAAACAAAAAGGAAUAAAAGACGAAGGACAAGAAGAAGAGAGGAGUAAUAAGAGACGACAGGAGGAAAAGUGUAAACAACAAUAAAGAAGAAGAAGAUGAAGAAGAAGAUGUGAAGAAACAGGAAGAAUAUCCAGAAAAAAAUGUCGGACGACAGAAAGGAAGAAGAAGAAGAGGAGGAGGAGGAGGAGGAAGAGGAGGAUGAGGAGGAGGAAGUGACCUGUCAGCCCCUCCCUCCUCCUCCCUCCUCUGUUGCCGUGGACGCGAUGAUGUCACUGAGGAGGCAGGACCUGGUGUGCAUCGUGUGCUUCGGCAGCUACGACCUAGCGACGCGGUUGCCGCGGCGACUGCACUGCGGCCACGCCUUCUGCCAGGCGUGUCUGAAGAGGCUGGACACAGUCAUCAACGAACAGGUGUGGAUCCCGUGUCCUCAGUGUCGACAGAACACGCCUCGGCCCAGAGGAGGAGCAGCGGGUCUGGACCUGGACUUGGCCUCCUUCCUGGGCGUGAAGGCCCAGCAGACCUGCACCUCCUCCUGCUCCCUGUCUUCCUGGAGCUCCGGCCGCAGGGAGGGGGCGCCGGCCGGAGACACAGCCCAGGACGGGAAGCUGUGGCUGGGGAAGGAGGUCACCGACGACAGCUGGUCGCACGGAGGUCUGGCCGAGCCGCGCUUCCAUCGCUACGGAAACUGCUGCCCGCCGCCGUCCUAUUGGCUGUGCUGCUGGUUCUGCUGCCCGGGGCGGGGCUAGGACUGACCAAUCAGUGUGUCCCGAGUCAUUUAUUGAUUUAUUUUUCAUUUUGGCCGGUUCCGUCCUCCAUACUUUCAGAGUGUUAACACAAACAUGUUAAGUUCUUCUUCUACCAGUAUUUAAUAUUAAUUGUAUUAUAAGUGGAAUAAAGACAAAGCUGCUGAGAAAGACAUAUUUAUUAAUAAUUACAUAUUUUACAAAAGUAGAACAUCAUUGCUUCUUUUUGGCCAAUCACAGGCGUCCUGCUGGGUUUCAACCAAUCACAGGCGUCCUGCUGGGUUUCAACCAAUCACAGGCGACCUGCUGGGUUUCAACCAAUCAGCGAGCUGAUGCUAAUGGCUCCGACAGCUCUGAUU